CACGCAGUCUCUUUCCCCGGCCGCAAAACGACCGUGAGUGUCCAACUCACCGUUAUAGGAAAAAAAAAAAACUUAAAAUAAAAACGCAUAAAAAAAUAUAAAAUCUACAAAAUCUAAAUAAAAACAAACGUAGAAAUACUUAAACACAAACCUUUUAAAAAAAAUAGCAAAAUUAAAAAAAAUAUAUAUACAAACAGAGGUGGGAUUUUAAAGAAGUUCUCGAGGUUUAUUCUAAGAAGCUGGAUUUGCGGAAGCUCUUAUAAUAAUCGGGGGAAACUGAGCUCUAAGAAAUGAACACUGCGACGGGGAGUUAUCCGAUGGCUUCUCUCUACGUUGGCGACCUGCACCCAGACAUAACGGAGGCUAUGCUGUACGAGAAGUUCAGCCCCGCCGGACCGGUGCUCUCCAUUCGGGUCUGCAGAGACAUGAUCACCCGGCGCUCCCUCGGAUAUGCUUAUGUGAACUUCUCGCAGCCCGCUGACGCGGAGAGAGCCCUAGACACCAUGAACUUUGACGUGGUGAAAGGGAAGCCAAUCAGGAUCAUGUGGUCGCAGAGAGAUCCCUCCCUCAGAAAGUCCGGCGUGGGCAAUGUUUUCAUCAAGAACCUUGACAAGUCCAUCGACAACAAAGCCCUGUACGACACCUUCUCUGCCUUUGGCAACAUCUUAUCAUGCAAGGUGGUGUGUGAUGAAAACGGAUCAAAGGGCUACGCGUUUGUCCACUUCGAGACGCAGGACGCAGCAGAUCGCGCCAUUGACAAGAUGAACGGCAUGCUUCUGAAUGACCGCAAGGUGUUUGUGGGUCGUUUUAAAUCUCGAAAAGAACGGGAGGCUGAACUCGGUGCCAAAGCCAAGGAGUUUACCAAUGUUUACAUCAAGAACUUUGGUGAUGACAUGGACGACGAACGACUGAAGGAACUUUUUGAAAAAUACGGUAAAACCCUGAGUGUGAAGGUGAUGGCAGACUCCUCGGGAAAAUCUAGGGGUUUUGGGUUUGUUAGCUUCGAGAAACACGAGGAUGCUAACAAGGCUGUGGAGGAAAUGAAUGGCACCGAGCUGAAUGGUAAGACCGUCUUUGUAGGCAGAGCUCAGAAGAAGAUGGAGCGGCAGGCGGAGCUGAAGAGGAAGUUUGAGCAGCUCAAACAAGAACGAAUCAGUCGGUAUCAGGGAGUCAAUCUUUACAUCAAGAACCUUGACGACACAAUCGAUGAUGAAAAAUUGCGUAAGGAGUUUUCUCCAUUUGGCUCCAUUACAAGUGCGAAGGUGAUGUUAGAAGAAGGCCGUUCAAAGGGCUUCGGCUUCGUCUGCUUCUCUUCUCCCGAGGAGGCCACCAAGGCUGUGACAGAGAUGAACGGACGUAUCGUUGGCUCUAAACCUCUGUACGUCGCUCUUGCUCAGCGCAAAGAGGAGCGCAAAGCUCACCUCACCAACCAGUACAUGCAGCGCAUUGCUGGCAUGAGGGCCAUGCCGGCUAACGCCAUCAUCAAUCAGUUCCAGCCCACAAGUGGGUACUUCAUGCCCGCCGUGCCCCAGGCCCAGAACAGGACCACAUACUAUGCACCGAACCAGCUGGCUCAGAUGCGGCCCAACCCACGGUGGCAGCAGCAAGGUGGUAGAGGUCAAGGCGGUUUCCAAGGAAUGCCUAACUCGCUGCGCCAGCCUGGACCCCGGUCCAAUCUCAGACACAUGACUCCCAGCAGCGGUGCACAGGGCCCACGAGGUGCCGGUCAGACCAUGGGUCCUCGUCAGUCGAUGGGAGUUCCUGGCCCCAGGGCCAUGCCUCCUUACAAAUAUGCCACCAGUGUCCGUAACCCCAAUCCCCAAGUGGUGCAACCUAUUGUCGUACAGCAGACUCAGCCAGCUGUGCAUGUUCAGGGCCAGGAGCCGCUCACGGCCUCCAUGCUGGCUGCUGCGCCGCCUCAGGAACAGAAACAGAUGCUAGGGGAGCGCUUGUUCCCGCUGAUUCAGGCCAUGCAUGCCAACCUGGCGGGAAAGAUCACUGGCAUGCUGCUGGAAAUCGACAACUCGGAGCUGCUGCACAUGCUGGAGUCGCACGAGUCUCUCCGUUCAAAGGUGGAGGAAGCUGUUGCAGUGCUGCAGGCCCAUCAAGCAAAGAAGGAUGCUACUCAGAAAGUAGGUGGCAUGACGACUACUGCUGCUGCUACAUCCUAAAAACCGGAUUCUGUAUUAACUUGGACUGAGAAAUCAAAGUCAGGAUGGACAGAUACACUACAGUACCUUCAAUAACUUAU